AUAGAGGUUAUCUGAGCAAAAUCAUCUUAAUAAAAAAAAAUGUUUAUUUCUUAAUUGUGAGCAUUUUCCCGGGCUGAUCUGCGGUGGGGAAAACUUCAUGAUAGCUGUUGCCAUCUCUAUAAACAAAAAAUAUAAUAGAAGAAAAUAUAUAUUUUUUCAUUAUUGAUCAUUUUUCAUAACAAUUAAUAUAAAAAUAACAAAAAAUGACAGAAAAAACUAAUAAAACCAAGAUUGAUUUAGGAUUAUUGGAAGAAGAUGACGAGUUUGAAGAGUUUCCUGCUGAAGAUUGGACAUCUAAAGAUGAAGAUAAUGAAGAUAUUAGCGUAUGGGAAGACAAUUGGGAUGAUGACGAUGUAGAAGAUGAUUUCAAUCAACAAUUAAGAGAUUUUUGCUUUGAUAAUGGCAAAGAAGAAAAAUGUAUCUAUUGACAGACGUGCGAUGAUUGUGGGCCUUCAUAGAGUGGGGAAAACCAAUCGUCAAAUUGCAAAUCACCUGAAAAUUUCCAGAUAUACUAUAAGUUAACAUGUUAAUAAAUUUUUAAAGUAUAGCACUACAGCUAAUAGAUUUGAAGGAGGUAAACCAAAAGUAACAACUAAACAAAAUGAUAAGUAUAUAGCAUAAAUCAGUUUACGUAAUAGGCAAUUAACUACUGCCGAAAUCUAGUUUAACGUUCAUAAACAUCUCAAAAUGUCGAUAAGUGAAGGAACUAUCAGAAGAAGAUUUCGAGAACGAGAUUUUUUUGUUAAGUAAUAUGAAGAAACCUGUAUUCAGAGAAGUGAACAGAAAAUAACGUUUGCUUUGGGCUGGAGAGCACAAAAAUUAGAUUGCAGCUGAUUGGAAAAAAGUUCUAUGAAGCGAUGAAUCUAAAUUCAAAAUCGUUGGAAGCAAAAGGAAAAUUUAUGUAGUUGUACGUCAAAGAAUGAAAGAAAAAUUUUCAGAUAAUUGUAUUAUACCGACAGUUAAACGUGGUGGUCGAUCGAUAUAAGUGUGGAGAUAUUUUUCGGGUUCCCGUAUUAAUUCUUGUGAUCUUAUCAAAAUAAAUCGGAUUA